UGUUAUCAAAGCUAAAAUCUAUAAUUAAAAAAAACAAAUGUCGGGGUCAUCCAACAUUGUAACGAUGAAGAAAAUUGUCCAACAACUACGGUUUGAAGCGGGAAUAAACCGAGUAAAGGUGUCAUCGGCCGCGGCCGACCUGCAGCAGUUCUGUCUUCAGAACGCCCAGCAUGACCCGCUGCUCACCGGCAUGUCAUCCAGCAACAACCCGUUCAGACCGCAGAAAGUUUGCUCCUUCCUAUAGCAGCGACGCCCUGUCUGCAAGAGUGUGUAACCUCGUGGAAUGGACUGGAAUCGCCUCAGGAGUGUUAGGGGAAAUUGCAACUUUUGCAAUAUUUCACAAUAAAAAAUUUCCAGGCACUUACGUACCUUUUCGCCACAAAUUUAAUGCAUGAUUAAAAACAACAUACAAGGGAUCCUCGGUUAAGAGUGGCGACUUAACCAGUUUUUCCCCCCAUAAAUGUGUGUAUGAUUUUUUUUUCUAGUUCAUACAUAUAAACAUGCAAAAGAGUAAUUAUGACUGAGCAGAUCUUGUGCUGCAUGACCACAUAUUCUUCCUCUGCUGCACAAACUACCAGUUAAUCACAAGCCAUUCGUAUCCUUGAAAUCUCAAGAGUAAAUAUUUGUGUGAAAGACUCCUAGGCCAUGAAUACAAGCCCAUCAAAUAAAAAACAGUAAAGUAAUUAUGUAA